AUGAAUAAUUAUUUAUGUUCAAAUGCUGGUCAAUACCUUCCUGCUGGUCAUGCUAAUCAACAUAUAUUAGCAAGUGAAGGUCCUGAUAAUUAUUUAAUGAAUUUUUAUAUAACACAAUAUUCAAGUACUUAUCGACCACCACGCGUACGACCAAAAUCAAAUAUUCUUGCAGAUAAAUCAUUAACAACGGAAAAUCUUCUUACACAAAAAAUCAAAGCUGAUAGAGCCAAAACUGGUUUUGUUAAUAAUGAACGAUAUUAUUUACCAUAUACACGUUCAUUGGAUGAAAUUGAUAAUCCAAUACUUGGCCGUAUGUGUACAGAAAAUUAUGAAACUUCUCAUCAAACACAUUAUAAACCAUAUGAAUUACCAAAUGGUACAGAAUCACUUCCACCAAAUAUUAAUAAUCAAACAUCAGGAUUUUUUCGUGAACGUGCUGUACAUAUACCGAAUUCAUUUGUUCCUCCAAUCGGUGGAAAAGAAGUAACAACUUAUGGUAGUAAUUUUGUUAAACCAGCUAGAACUGAACCGGUUAUAUUGGGACAAGUUGGUCCAAAAGAAUCUUCUGGAUUUGUUUCGAAUACAGAAAUUGAACCAAUAACAACAACAGAAGGUGAACGUUGGCAUUAUCGUUCAAGACCAAUUGGUGAUAGUGAAUAUAAAGAUAAAUUUCCACAAUUUGAUUAUCCAAAAGGUGAUGAUCCAUUACUUACGGUUAUUGGUACUAAUACAAAAAUAUCAUCAGAUCGCGUAAUCAAUAAUUUUGUUUUACCUACUGGUGAAGGUCCUUAUGCUGGUGGUUUAUUUGCACCGGAUUCUACUGAAUAUCGUAAACAUUAUCUUGGUAAUCAAUUUUUACCUGAAAAAAUGGGUAAUUUGAAUAUUGGACCAAAAGAAACAACAGGACCAAUAAGUAAUGAAACUGGUUAUGUGAAAACAUUCGAUGAUCCACGUCGAUUUAUUACAAGUUAUCAAAUAAAUCAUUUUGAUAUGAAUCGAAAGGGACGUGAUCGUGAAGGUUAUGUGGUCGGUGGUAUUCAACAACCACGAGCAACCGGUUUUACAGAAAAUAACAAAAUAUCUAGCACAUUAGAUAAUUAUGUCGACGAACGUAUUACUCAUUAUCGACUUGACCCAUAUCAAGUCAGGUGUGUUAAUUUGUUUUUAAUAAUGUGUGUUGUAAAAGUUUUGAGAUGA